CUAAGGUUUCUGGGUAACCAAGAUGGCGGCGUCCAUGUGAUAGAAAUUCGACGUCUGGUUAUUUUUGCGGGAUUUCUACAGUUUUUACGGACAGAAAGCAGGCGAUGCAGUAACAGUCAUGGUGUUCCUGACGAGGAUACUCUUUCGCGCCCCCACAGCACGGAAGCGCGGCUUCGUCGACAAGCUGCGCGUGUAUGUCCGAGGGGGCAGCGGUGGAAUGGGGCUUCCCAAGUACAAUGGCAGGGGCGGCGACGGAGGUCAUGUGAUCUUCGUUGCCAAGGAGGAUAUGACCUUGAAACAGGUCAUAGAUUCGACCCCCAACAAGAGGUUCAUCGCUGGUAUUGGCGCCAAUGCUUCGAGACGAGCCAUUCAGGGGGACAAGGGGCACAACCUGACAGUGGAGGUUCCGACUGGUAUUACUCUACUCACCGACACAAAACAGGUUAUCGCUACCCUGAACCAGCCGGGUGACCAGGCGACGGUUGCUAAGGGCGGGGCGGGCGGGGCUCACUGGUCCGACUUCCACCCCAAGAAGGGACAGAUCCGCAGUGUCACCCUGGAGCUCAAACUCAUCUCUGACAUAGGACUGGUGGGGUUCCCCAAUGCUGGCAAGUCCACCCUGCUGAAGGCAGUUUCCUCAGCAGACCCUAAGAUAGCAGACUACCCUUUCACCACCAUGAGGCCACAGAUCGGUAUCAUUCAGUACCAGGAUCUGAGAAGGGUGUCCCUUGCAGAUCUGCCAGGGCUGAUAGAGGGCGCUCAUCACAAUGCAGGGAUGGGGCACCACUUCCUCAGGCACGUGGAGAGAACCAAGCUGCUGCUGUUCAUGGUUGACGUCCAUGGGUUUAUCCUGUCCAUGAAGCACCCUCACAGGACAGCAUUCGAAACUGUGGCUCUGCUCAUGAAGGAGUUGGAAUUGUACAAGACCGACCUUGUCGACAAGCCUGCCGUGUUGGCAAUCAACAAGAUGGACAUCGAAGGUGCAGGGGACAAGGCGGAGGAGCUGUUAGACAAACUUGACAACUUUGAAGAUGCAGUGAGGGAGCUUCCCAAAGACAUGAGGCCAAGAAGACAAGUACAAUUCGACGACAUCUUCCAGAUUUCUGCCAAAGAGAAACAAGGACUGGACGAAAUGAAGGGAAAAAUCAGAGAAAUACUGGAUGAAAAGUUGGAAGAAGAACAGAAAGAAGAGAAACAGCAGAGGAUACGAAGACUACAGAAGGAGGCAUCGUUCGGGAGAACUGUAGAAAAGACAGCGGAUAUUGUCUAAGACAUGGAGAAAGGAAGUCGAAGUGUGGCGUAACUACAGGGUGCUUGGCCCAGAAGCCAGAGGUCCUGGGUUCAAACCCUGUCAUGCUAACAACCAUGUGCUCUUGGGAAAGGUACUUAAGAGGACUUUCCUCAUUCCACCCAGGUGUAAAAAUGGAUACCUGACUUUGGUUGGGGAAGUAAAAGGCAGUGGAAGGAAAGGGAUGGGCUCCGCCUUCCAAUACUAUGCCCUAUAAACAAAGGGCAAAACAGCCUACCAUGCAUGCCCCUACGGCUUUGAAAUGGCUAUGGGACUACGACAUAAGAGUUUUUUUUACACAACAAGUUUUUCUCACCUACUGACAUUUCGAUGAAAUGAAGCUUCUGACUGGAGUUUUGCUUCUCGCCGCUACAUGUAGCCGAUGUAGGUGGCGCUUUUGCAGCGAUAACACUACGUUUGGGAUAGUGCAGAAAACUUAAAUGCAUUUACAGUAGUCAGGCACCAUUUAAUUUUCCACCAGACGGCCGUCACUGACGGACCAAAACUGGAUUUGUGUGAUAUGAUUGGACUAUGAUUCAUGAUGCUUAAAUAUGAUGUAAAAGAAAUACACAAAACACAAAAUAAAACUUACAAUUCAUUCUUUGUCAA